AACAACCAAGUGAGUGCGUUUGGAAACGGAUUCUUCCCCACAAGAUAACUGCGGCCCCUGCCCACGUCUUGAUAGCAGCCUUGUCAGAACCCCGAGCCAGAGGACCCAGCUAAGCCACGUCUGGAUUCCUGACCCACAGCAACUGUGAGAUAAUACAUGUCGCAAACAUGUCUGACAAAAGUGAAUUAAAGGCAGAGUUGGAACGUAAGAAGCAGCGGUUGGCUCAAAUAAGAGAGGAAAAGAAGAGGAAAGAAGAAGAAAGGAAAAAAAAAGAAACUGAUCAGAAGAAGGAAGCAGCUGCUCCUGUGCAAGAAGAAUCAGAUCUUGAAAAAAAAAGAAGAGAAGCUGAAGCAUUGCUUCAAAGCAUGGGGCUAACUCCAGAAUCCCCCAUUGCUUCCGUGGCGUAUUGCAAUUUUAAAACUGAGCAACCUCUCCGUGUAGUAACAGCGGAUACCUGUCUAUUUCACUAUUUAGUCCCUCCUCCUAUGUCUCCAUCCUCCAAAUCUGUGAGCACUCCAAGCGAAGCUGGAAGCCAAGACUCUGGAGAUGGCGCAGUGGGAUCUAGGACGCUGCAUUGGGAUACAGAUCCAUCAGUUCUUCAGCUUCACUCAGAUUCCGAUUUGGGACGAGGACCUAUUAAACUUGGAAUGGCUAAAAUUACACAAGUUGACUUUCCUCCUCGUGAAAUCGUCACAUAUACGAAGGAAACUCAGACUCCAGUUAUGGCUCAACCCAAAGAAGAUGAAGAGGAAGAAGAUGACGUAGUGACUCCUAAACCACCUAUUGAACCUGAGGAAGAGAAAACUUUAAAGAAAGAUGAAGAAAGUGAUAGUAAAGCCCCCCCGCACGAGCUGACUGAAGAAGAAAAGCAGCAAAUCUUGCACUCUGAGGAAUUUUUAAGUUUCUUCGACCAUUCUACAAGAAUUGUAGAAAGAGCUCUUUCUGAGCAGAUUAACAUCUUCUUUGACUACAGUGGAAGAGAUUUGGAAGACAAAGAAGGAGAGAUUCAAGCAGGUGCUAAACUGUCAUUAAAUCGACAAUUUUUUGACGAACGUUGGUCAAAGCAUCGGGUUGUUAGUUGUUUGGAUUGGUCAUCUCAGUAUCCAGAGUUACUUGUGGCUUCCUAUAAUAACAACGAAGAUGCUCCUCAUGAGCCUGAUGGUGUGGCCCUUGUAUGGAAUAUGAAAUACAAAAAAACUACUCCAGAGUAUGUGUUUCACUGCCAGUCAGCCGUUAUGUCUGCUACAUUUGCAAAAUUUCAUCCAAAUCUGGUUGUUGGUGGUACAUAUUCAGGCCAGAUUGUGCUGUGGGAUAACCGUAGCAAUAAAAGAACUCCAGUGCAAAGAACUCCACUGUCAGCUGCAGCACACACACAUCCUGUAUAUUGUGUAAAUGUUGUUGGGACACAGAACGCUCACAAUCUGAUUAGUAUCUCUACUGAUGGAAAAAUUUGUUCAUGGAGUCUGGACAUGCUUUCCCAUCCACAGGAUAGCAUGGAAUUGGUUCAUAAACAGUCAAAGGCAGUCGCUGUGACAUCUAUGUCCUUCCCUGUUGGAGAUGUCAACAACUUCGUUGUUGGGAGUGAAGAAGGUUCUGUGUACACAGCAUGCCGCCAUGGCAGCAAAGCUGGAAUCAGUGAGAUGUUCGAGGGACAUCAAGGACCAAUUACUGGCAUUCAUUGUCAUGCAGCUGUUGGAGCAGUGGACUUCUCACAUCUUUUUGUCACUUCAUCAUUUGACUGGACAGUAAAACUUUGGACAACUAAGAAUAACAAGCCUUUGUACUCAUUUGAAGAUAAUUCAGACUAUGUUUAUGAUGUUAUGUGGUCACCCACCCACCCAGCCCUGUUUGCCUGUGUGGAUGGCAUGGGUAGGCUGGAUUUGUGGAAUCUCAAUAAUGACACAGAGGUGCCAACUGCCAGCAUUUCUGUGGAGGGUAAUCCUGCUCUUAAUCGUGUAAGAUGGACCCAUUCUGGAAGAGAGAUUGCCGUGGGUGAUUCUGAAGGACAGAUUGUUAUAUAUGAUGUGGGAGAGCAGAUUGCUGUCCCCCGAAAUGAUGAAUGGGCACGGUUUGGCCGAACACUUGCAGAAAUUAACGCAAACCGAGCGGAUGCAGAGGAGGAAGCAGCUGCCCGAAUACCUGCUUAGCUCCUGAAAAGGGAAUAUGUAGCUGUAGUGGAUUUGGGGAAGACUCUUAAGUAGAUCCUAGAACUAUUUGCAUGCUUCUGUCUAAAUGAUAAUUAAAAGGAAAUUUCGUGGAUUAAACUGUGGAUUUAAUGCAGCAAGCAAAUCUUACAAAGUCCUUUUUUAUAUAACAUGCAUCUUGUUUUGGAUUUGUGUCAUUUUUAAUGCAGCUGAUUGACUUUACAGAAUGCAGCCUUUUCUGAAUUCUUAUACACAGGUGUAUAUUUGGUAUUCUUUUGAAGUCUUUUCAGCUUAUAACACUAUAUACAGUUAUUUCUAAAGCACAGAUUAAGUAAGUUCUACAUAUUUUUAAAUAAUCACAAUUCCCUGUUAUACUGAUAAUGUUCUCACUAACCAUAAUAUGUAGGAACAUUGUUUAUUCUUAGCCAUAGCAUGAAUACAUCUAUCCAGUUCCAUUCUGAUAUUCUUUUUUUCUUUAUAAUUCAUGUGAUAACAAUCUAUAAAUAAACACAAAUAUGCUUUAA